CCUUCAACCAUGCAUUCUCCCAAUUCUAGCUUUAUUCAUUUCCUUCAUUCUGAUCGCUUCCAUAUUUGCACCCUAUGCAAUGUCGGCCCGAUUCGGCAAAAAUGGACUCACAUUCCACAGCCGCUCUACAGCGGAUGAGGAGAAUACAACCCGAGGAUCGCAGAUGCCGAACGAUGUUUUAGCCGAGCCAUUGAAGAGAAGGCUGAAGUCGCGGCAUCUCCAAAUGAUCGCAAUCGGAGGGAUUAUUGGACCGGGAUUGUUGGUCGGUUCCGGCAAUGCGCUUAACAAAGGUGGCCCGGCAGGAUGCUUGAUUAGUUUUGCAUUGGUCGGCAUUAUUGUGUUUUUCGUCAUGCAAUCCUUGGGAGAAAUGGCCACGGCGAUUCCCGUGUCGGGUUCCUUUACCGAGUAUGCGCAACGCUUUGUGGAUGACUCGCUUGCUUUCGCUCUAGGAUGGGCGUAUUGGUAUUUGUGGGUGACGAUUCUUGCAAAUGAGUAUAAUGCCAUCUCGCUAGUGCUUGGGUUUUGGACCGACGCUGUCCCGCAAUGGGGUUGGAUUCUUAUCUUUUGGUUCUUGUUUCUCGGCCUGUCCAACUUGGGCGUUUUGGCAUACGGUGAGAUGGAGUUUUGGUUGUCACUGAUCAAAGUCCUGGCGCUGGUUGCCUUUUUCAUUCUUGCGAUUUGUAUCAGCACGGGUGGAAUAGGUCCCGGGCCCAUUGGGUUCAGGUACUGGCGUGAUCCUGGAGCAUUUGCAGAUUCUAUCAACGGCGUCGCGAAGACUUUUGUUGUUGCGGGAACCUUGUAUGCGGGCACGGAAAUGGUCGGUGUUACUGCUGGAGAAUCGUCGAACCCACAAAAGGCCGUCCCCACGGCUAUCCGACAGGUUUUCUGGCGAAUUCUAAUUUUCUAUAUCGGCACCAUAUUUUUCAUUGGUAUUCUGCUCCCAUACAGUGAUGAGCGAUUGCUAGGCUCCAGCUCAGACGCAGCCAGCUCGCCAUUGACCAUUUCGCUGAAGGACGCCGGCAUCCUUCCGGCCGCUCAUUUGAUCAACGCUCUGAUCGUAGUCAGUGUCAUUUCUGCCGGGAUUGGCUCUUUGUACGCCGCAUCGCGAACUAUGCUCUUCAUGGCCCGCAAUCGCAAAGCUCCGCGAUUUAUCAGUCGAACCAACGCCGCAGGCGUACCGUGGGCAGCCUUGAUAUUCACAAACAUCUUCACCUGCAUUGUGUUCCUUACCCUUUCAUCAAGUGCCGGCAAGGUUUAUUCGGCGCUGAUCACCCUAUCGGGCGUAUCAACAUUCAUUGUCUGGGCUGUGAUAAGUUUGGCACACAUCCGAUUCCGACAAGCGAUGGCAGUGCAAGGAGACGAUCCCGCCCGACUGCCCUUCCGAGCGGCGUUUUAUCCUUGGGGGACAUAUUUUGCGCUGGCGGCCAACAUCUUCCUCAUUUUCUUCCAAGGGUAUACGGCGUUUCUGAACCCGUUCAGUGUUGAUGAUUUUGUUGUCAAUUACAUCUUGCUCCCGGUCUUUGCUCUCUUUGUGGUGGUCUAUAAGAUUUGGAAUAAGACGAAGAUCGUCAAAUUGGAGGAGAUGGACAUUUGGACGGGGAGGAGGGAGCUGGUGGAUGAGGAGGAGUUUGGAAAGGCGAAGACGUGGAGAUCGAGAGUGAAGGAUGUUAUUGUGGGAUGAGGAAGCCAUUGAACUGAUAGAUUUAGAAUGGAC